AACCAAACAAUGUUGAUUAUGCCUUCGUUUUAGAUGUAGUUAAUUCUAUGUCAAAUGUGUUUGAUGAUGAAAAAGCAAGAAAGGAAGAAUUUAAGAGAUUAUUUAGAGAACAUUACAAUAUCAGUUUUAAUGACUAUGUAGGUGAGAAGAUGAUAACUGAUGGCACUUCCUUUAGUAAAGGUGGCAUGUAUAUGAUGAGUAAUCUAGAAGUGAAACCAGAAUUGGGUGUUGGAUGUUGCUGCCCAUAUAACCAAGGCAAUGUAUACUAUGCAAAGCACAUUGCAAAUCUUCCAAUACAAAAUAUUUAUAAAACUCAAUUACCAUGUUUCUUACUAUAUCUCACAGAAGCACAUAAAACCUGUGCUGAUUUGGGCAUUGCACCUAAACCUUUUGGAUAUGAACAGGUUCCAGGAGGAUGGAAAGUAGUUGUAAUGGAAUUUUUGGAUGAUUAUGAACCUUUAACUUUACAUGAAACUACUGAAGUUAAAAAUGCUGUUAAAGAAGCAGUUAUAAAGAUGCAUAAUGCAGGAUUUGUGCAUGGUGAUUUAAGAUGUGAAAAUAUCCUCUGUAGGAAGAAACAAAGAAUUGAUGAUAAUAAUGACCAAGUAGAUAUUGUAAUUGUAGAUUUUGAUUGGGCUGGUGGAGUUGAACAAAAAACAACCAUCUAUACUUCAUUCCUUAAUCCUGAAAUUAUGAGACAUGGCAAUGCUUGUGCUGGGCACCAGAUUCUACAAGAACAUGACAAUUAUAUG